AUGGCACAGGUUCAAGUGCGAGGACUCCAUGCUGACGAAGGGGAUUUUAGUCUGCUAGGAAGUGGACAAUCCACAGGGCCUUACGAUAAGCCUCUUCCAUGCUUUGGAUGUGGCAUUGGCUGGUUCUCAUUUCUUCUGGGAUUUGUGUUUCCACCACUCUGGUAUUAUGCUAUGGUGCUUUACUUGGGAAAAUAUUAUCUUAAAGACCCCAGGGAACGACCUGGCCUUGCUGCAUCUGCAAUUGCUGCAUUAUUUUGUUCGGUCAUUGUCGUGAUUUCCCUGAUUGCUGUUUUCUGUUAG